AUGGCGCUACCUUCAGUGUUUGUCGGACUGGCAUUAGUCGGCUCCAGCUAUGCGCUAGUGUCGCGAGACGGGACAGGCCGCCUACCUGCGAUGGGUUGGAGUAGCUGGAACGAGUAUGAAUGCGCCAUCAACGAAACCGUCUUCCUGGACACCGGUGCGCUCCUUAUCUCCUUGGGAUUGAAGGACCUUGGAUACAAUUAUGUUAACAUUGACGAUUGUUGGAGUGACAAGGCAUACCAGCGCGAUAAUGUUACAGGAAAGAUUCGUCCAGAUUACAUCAAAUUUCCAAACGGCAUCAAACAUACAGCAGACGAGAUCCACAAGCUUGGACUGAAAAUUGGCAUUUACGGUGAUGCAGGAGACAAAACAUGCGGCGGGUAUGCUGGCUCUCUUGGACAUGAGCAAGUAGACGCGAAGACCUUUGCUGACUGGGGAAUCGAUUAUCUUAAAUACGACAACUGCGCUGUCCCUGAUGAAUGGGACGACGAGUACCGAUGGUGGCCAGAGAACUGGUUAGGUGGGCCGCCAGCCGAGAACCAGACUGCGGGCGGUGACGGGGAAGCCAGGCCUGUUGCCGCGCCCCCAGGAUACGACUGGACAACGUCCAAGAGCUUUGCGCGUUACAAGAUUAUGAGUGAUGCCCUAAUUUCGACAAACCGUACUAUUGAAUACUCGCAAUGUGCCUGGGGACAUGCCCAUAUCGAGCAAUGGGGUAACAGUACUGGUCACAGCUGGAGGAUGUGGGGUGACAUAUAUCCGGAGUGGCUUGAGAAACACCAAGCAUCCUUCUACAACAACGAUACCGACUUCUGGGGACAUGGCGACUGGGAUAUGCUCGAAGUGGGUAACGGAAACCUUACAGUCCAAGAAAGCCGUUCCCAUUUCGCUCUUUGGGCUGCUCUCAAAUCGCCUCUUAUCAUCGGUACCCCGCUCCAUGGCAUCAAACCUGAGAUCUUAGAGAUCUUAAGUAAUCCGGAGCUCAUCAGCUUCAAUCAAGAUCCAGUCGUAGGUGCUGCAGCCAAGCCCUAUAAAUGGGGUGUCAAUGCAGACUUCACCUGGAACCAGACUCAUCCGGCUGAGUAUUGGAGUGGGUUGUCUUCCAAGGGAGUGCAUGUCUUCGCGCUGAAUACACUGAAUACAACUCAAACCAAAGUCAUCAACUUCGCGGAGGUACCAGAGUUAGAAGCUAACGGUGAGUAUACUGUCUUUGAUUCGUGGACUGGAGAGGAGCAGGGAAACUUCAAGGGGCGGUACGAGGCCGCUGUUGAGCGUCAUGACACUAUGGCCAUCAGACUGGUUGGAACGAACGGGUCUAGCUCUGGGAUGUCGCACGGUCAAUUGUGA